AAACGUUUUUUUGAAAAGUUUGUAUUUAUAACGUAAAUACAUUCUGAUCAUAAUCAGUAAACUAAUAUACUAACAUGAGCGAGAAUAAAAUAAGUAGUAAUGAAGUGCCAGAGAAGUUCGCCGAGUGGCUGCUAUCGAUGGGAUGUCCCGCUGAGAAGAUACCACAAAUGGACAAAGUUGUCCAAAUGUGUCGCGGCCAGUACUACAUGGUGUGGCGGAGCAUGAUGGAGCGGGUGGAGGCGCGGGGCUCCAUCCGACAGAAGAGGCUGCAGGUGUUCAGCGACGACGUCCGGAGGUACCAGAGGGCUAAUAGUCAUGACACCAGCAUCAUAGUCCCUGCUGAGAUCCAGGCGUGGAGGAAACACAAGGAAGUGAAGGAAAAAGUAGCCAAAGCUGAGGCUCGAGUACAGGAAGCCAACAAGAAACUGAACCAAGUUAUGGACAAGGUCUCCACCAAAUUGUCACAACGCUCGCUAGCACAGCGCGGGCUGGCGGCGGCGCGGCGGCGCGCGUGGCUGCUCCAGCUGGCGGCUCGCGAGCUGGGCGCCGGCAGGGAGGACGCGCAGCGGUGGCGGGAGGCGGGGGAGCGGCUCGCGCCCUGCGCGGGGGAGGGGGAUGUCGAGAUGAAACUGGACCGAUGUUUGUCUCUUCUUUCGAAACAGCAUGUGUCUCCUAAGGCUGGUGCAGCAUCUGUAUCCAUCGCGAACGUGAACCCUAUAGCGAGCUCCUCUGUCGUGUCUACUGCUAGUGAAGGCGGCGACCGUGAUCAGUGUGACGAAGCCUUAUCCUCUUUGUUCGAGUCCCCGGCGGCGGAGGUGUGGUCCCUGCUGCUGUCUCGCCGCGCCGCCGCCGCCGCCGCGCUCGCCGCCGCCAACACUGAUGGCGUGCCUGAUGCGGGGGAGAAGGGGUGUACCCCACAGCAGCUAGUAGCCCACACGGCGGCGCUGCACUCGUCGCUGCGGCUGCGGCGCGCGCGCUCGCGCCUGCAGGCCGCCGCCGUGCGCGCGCGCCUCGCCGCCGCCGUGCAGGGGUUCCACAACCUAUUCAACUCGGAAGCAUGCGAGGUGCUAGUCCUACAAUGCGAGCGCGCGCGCGCCGGCGCCCGCCUUGCCACGCUCAAGAACCUUCUAGAAGACGUCACCAAGAGACGAGGAGUCUUCGCGGCGCCCGAGAGUGAACCCAAGGAGGAGAGGCAGGCCAGCGGGAAGCAGUUGGCGGCUGUUGAUCGGGCUAUUCUAGCCAAGAAGGAGGACAUCAAGCAGCUAGUGACAGCCAUGGCGCGCAGCGAGCGUAAGACGCAGUGCGUGCGCGAGAGCCUCCUCGCCAUGUUCAGGGCCUUCCAGAGGGAUGGCGAUGAUUGCGACAAGUAUAAAGGCAUCCAACUGGACAUAUCGGAGGAAGACCUGGCGUCCACGUUGCAGUUCUACCAGCAGCGCGCGCGGCGGCACCAGCUCAGUAUGGACCUGGACGGGUCAGCCGGCUCGUUGGGAGAACAGCAAGACACGCCUACUGAACCCACUUUUGUGGACGAGCUGAAGUUUUACCUGAAGAAAUUCAACUUGGAGAAGAAUAGGAAGCUUGUUCUAGACAGCGGCGAGAAGAUCUGGACAUUCGAGACCCUAGCUUCCUCCACCGCGCGCCUCCACUCCUCAUGUCUCUCCGAAGAGCUCUCGUGCUUGCUGCUCUGUCCGUCGCUGGGUCUCAUUGGCGGACUGCGGAAGUUGUGUGACGCUGUGAGGUUGAGGGAUGAGCUGGCGGCGGCGGCGCGCGGGCUGGAGGAUAGGAGCCCUAGGGUGCUGUUUGAUUUAAACAUAGCCCAAUACGUGGAAGAAGAGGAGCAGCGCACGGACCAAAUGAAGAAAAACAUCGGCACCAACAUGCUUAGUUUGGAAAAAACUACCAAACUACUUUCUCGAGGCGAAGAAAAUCUACGUCUGUGGUCGGAAAACCCGCUGAGGAAGCAUGUCUCUAGCAAACGAACUGUCGACGGGAAGACUUACGAAGAAUAUGAGACCUUGUAUCUGAACUACUUGAAUCCAAUUGCUUAGCUAGUAAGGACGUAUUCUUUCAUUUUUGUAGUAGCCUGUAAGAUGGAAAUAAAUGUGAGCUACAUUUAGAAAA